CGUCCUCAACUAUCCUAAAAUUUCAACACGGAAGACUGGUUCUACCAUAACGGGUGUUUCUAACUAUCGCAACGACAAAAUGAAAUUUAGUGCAGCCAAUGCAUCUUCGACGCAGGUCAUAUCUUCGAUGCACCAAGACUACAUUCAUGGUUGCGCCUUCGACAUAUACGGGCGCCGCAUGGCGACAUGCAGUGGUGAUCGUUUUGUUCGAGUCUGGGACUUGACGGAUAGUGGAGAAUGGAGCUUGGUUGGAGAAUGGCAAGCCCACAGAGGAAGCGUCAGCAUGCUUAGUUGGAGCCACCCGGAGUACGGAAGCCUCAUUGCAACGUGAGUCGGUUCGACAGUCUCACUUGAAUUUCUUUUUUCAUAAAAGCUAUGAUUUUGUUAUGGAUAAAAAAUGCACUGGUCUCUCACGGAUUCAAUUAUUGCGUUUACAUUGGUGUGGCUUCAAAACUAGCUGUGGUUCAGAUCACGAGGCAAAAAUUUUUGAAGAAAAAACGAACGCAACUUCUGCAGCGUCGCGAUGGAUAGCAAAAGCUCAGCUUACAGAAGCACGAAAGUCUGUUGCUUGUGUUGAAUUUGCACCUCGACACUGGGGGUUAAAACUAGCAACUGGGUCUGCUGAUGGGUAAGUGCAUCGUGUACUUUAUAUUAUUCAUCAUUACAUGUGUGUUCAUAUGGGAGUGCUCUGUUCUGGAUUGUAGCUCGUGUUGUCGCACAUCUUGCUUCUCAACGCAAUCGCCUCUAUAUUGUUUCCAAUGACAUCUGCAAUAGAUGUGUUCGAAUUUACGAGGGUACGUACCGUAGGCUUGAGGUAUCAAAUAUGCAAUAAAUAGCCCCCCUUCUUUCCAGUCAACAGAUCAUCUACUAAACACUUCUCAUCUGAUUGGAUGAAUUGCAUGACAAUUGGUUUUGUCGACAAUUAUUUUCAUGAAUUUCAAUACAGCUGUGGAUGUAAUGAACCUUGCCCAGUGGGCCAAUGCCUCUACCCUUCAAUGUUUUGCCGACGGUCUAGGAGUAACGUGCUUGAGCUGGUCAACAGGCCGCUUCGAGCCACCCACGCUUGUUGUUGGUGGAGCGCAUCCAAUUAUAUACCGUUACAGCGAAACAUCUCGCCAGUGGAAUUCUAUUAUCGUGUUGCCCCCGCCUCCUGUCGGGGAUGUUUUGGAUGUGGCGUGGGCGCCAAAUGUGGGACGGAAAUACCAUUAUAUCGCGUCCGCGGAAGGGAAACAAUUGCGUAUCUUCAAGCUAUCUCGAGGAAAUGACGGGAAUGGGGAUGCUUUGGAGCUUGAGGCUACUCAGGAAAUUCCGRUUUCGAAUGCAUGGAGGUGUCAAUGGAACGUUACUGGCACUGUGCUAGCUUGCAGUGGUGAUAGCGGGGUGGUGGAAAUGUGGAAACUUGACUUCGAAGGGAACUUUCAAGCUGUGUCGAGUCUUCAAGGCGAUGUAAGCCGAGUUGCCACACAAGCGUUUUGAGUCUGUCUACAGACUGGAAUUGGAAUCACCAAGCACGAAUGAAAUGAAAUAUAUCGAUUAUUCAGGUGCAUUUCUGCUUUCACAUGAAAAUAUCCGUGUUACUAUUUAUUUGAAUGUUAUACAGCCUGGAAGCAAAAUAAAAGGAUUUUUACUAGUACAUUUGAAUUAUUAAACUCCCAAACUCGCAUUGAGUUUUUCGGCAAUAGAAAGCUGCGUUUGUGUGAUGUUCGACAAAUAGGUGACCAUAAGCAUAUCUUGCAACGAGUCAUUGAACAGCUUAUCAAACACUUCAGGGCGGAUGCGCGGAACGGUAGCCAAUGUGUCUGCAACUUUACGACCAAUUUCUGCAUCGGGCGAUGUCUUUCCUUCGACGACAGAAUCAACAUAAUUCGAGGCGGUCUCCAACAAAUUGUACAGCGUUUCCAUUGAUACAAGCAAGGGCUCUUCUGAUGACUCCUCCGUCGAUUUUUCCUUGCUGUCAGCCACCAUUCGAUGGAGAGCAAGUGUCUCUGGUUCUGAAUUUUGCAGCGUCAAACGCAACUCAUGGAACAUAUUGGCCAUCGGCUCUCCUUGAACAACUACCGGUGUGCUUCGGUAAGCUCUGGCCGUAAUUGCAUCUUCGAUGAGUCGCGUAUCAACUACAAGGUGGACCGGAUCUCCCUCGUCCGAUUCUUCCGCAUAGAAUUCAUGAAUCAAUGAUGACGUAUUGG